AUGAUAUUUGCUCCUUCUUUCUCCCUCAUUAAAAAUAUUCUCCUGGUAAGCUUUCUAAUCAGCCACAGUUUUGCUGCCAAAACUUUAACGUCUAGUUCCAAUGACGAUACACUUGCCAGGUCCGCAGCUGCAGAUGCAGACAUGGCAUUCUUCAUGGAGUUUUUAAACGAUUUCGACACCGCUUUUCCACAGUAUACCUCAUACAUGAUGCAAAACCAUUUAACCCUACCUCAACCUGUUGCUGACUACUACUAUCACAUGGUUGAUUUGGCCUCAACAGCAGAUUUACAAUCUGAUAUUGCUCAGAGUUUUCCGUUCACUCAAUUCCAAACAUUCAUUACGGCCUUUCCAUGGUAUACCUCUUUGCUAAACAAAGCCUCCGCCACCACCAUAUACCUUCCCCAACACUUCAUAACAGGUGAGACAGAAGCUACCAUGACUAACUCAUCUUAUGCCAGCCAAAAAAACUCCGUUUCCAAUUCUGUUCCUUUCUCGACAGCGAACGCAGGCCAGUCCAUGAUUUCCAUGGCUAAUGAAGAAAACAGUACAACAGCACUUAUAUCCGCAUCAAACUCUUCUUCAACAUCCAGAACUAGUCAAUCACAGAAUGGUGCCCAUGCCAAAAGCUUAUAUUUCCCCAUGGCGUUGUUCGGAAUCUUUGCAGUUGCCCUUUAA